UGAACCAAUUACCAGCGCCUUGCAGAUGCAGAAACAAAAUAAAAACCCAGAGCAGAUUGAAAAGACUUCUCUCCUACCCUUGAACUUGCAAUCUAAAGUCUGUUUUACAAUUGGGAACCAACGCAUCACACUGUAGCUGCUCCCUGCUCUUCUUACUGGUAGCUUCAGCCACCCCUUAGCCUUUCCCCAGGGCCUAGCAGGAAACACACCCGCCUAAACCGGUUGUGUGUGUCUGUUUUCGGAGUACAGGUGAUGAGGAACCCGCUCCCUGGGCAACAGAGCAGGAGCCUGGGUCCCCUCCUACACCGGGGCCCAGAAAAAGGGCUAGAAGCUGAGCUUCACUUCCAGCUUCCCCCGGCUCAGUUCCAGCAGCGCCUUGGCUUCUCCGGCACCUUGGCGCUUGCCUUCCCCCUCCCUUAGCAACCGGGAGGCUGUGGAUACGGCCAGUGGGUGGGGGCUCGGGAGGCUGCGAGUAGCUCGGGCGCAGGGGCGGUGGCAGCACAGCCCAGCUGCCCCGCGAACGGGCGACCGCAGUGCGGAGCCACCCGCGAGCGGCUGUCGCGGUGCCAGCGUGCGCGGGGCCCCACGCACCCACCCUCCGCACCUGCCGCGGGGUCCAAAAAAGAUCCUGCAAAAAUGAGCCACUCUCACCCCUCUGGAUUACUUGCCGCAUAUAAUAGUCUUACCGACAAACACCUGGCUGGAUAUUUUAACAAUACAAGGAUAAGGAGGCAUCUCCUAAGAUCAGGGCUGAUCACAAGAAGUGGAAGAAUACUUUCAGAAAAAGAAUACAAACUAAAUAUCAUGAAGAGGGAUCACCAAAGAUAUAUCCGGGAGUGCUUAGCCCAGGCUAUUUUCCACAAGGUUCUUGAUAUGGAGCGUUACCAUCAGCUUGAAAUUAAAAAGAAACUGGAGACCUUAGCUAAAAAGGAGCGAAUUCAGAGAUUUAAGGGAGAGCCCAUAAAAUGGUCUAUAGAAAAAAACAUGCCAGUCCUGUCUCCCCACCCCCCAGUGGGCCCAAAGGCUAGCCGUGGCCACAGUGUUCUGGUUGAGGACGGACCUUCUAGUCCAAUAACACUGACAGCCCCUCGACCCUACACUGCCCCAGGAAUUAUGCAGCCUCCAAUUCGAUUACAGCCUCUUCCCAGUAAUCCUGCAGUAGGAACUGUUCCAAAGGUAACUUCGGGGUCCAGAUCAAAAACCUCACCACUGGAAAAUGAUGCUCCAUUUCCCAUCGUGGGCAAGAAGGCAGUAAUGAAGUUCAGGAACUCCAUGGACAAUUCACAGGGAAGGAAUCGAUAUCAACUUCUGAACGUUAGCAGUUACAUGAUGCCUAUUCCUCCUCCAUCUCCUCCCCCGGAUGGAAAAAUCACAAGGGGAAAUAGAUCUGAAACAUGGAGAAGGAGAAGAUUUCAUCCAGCCACUGCUCCAAAUAUCUUAGAACCAGUCUUUACCAGGGAUUCAAGAAGGAUUAAUAAGACACCACUGCAUAGCAAUGCAGUUAUCACAAUGAUCUAUUUGGGGAGAAAUGUGCACCUAUCUUAUGAUCACCCAGACUUCCGGGAUGAAAUAAAAGUUUAUCAACAGCACUGCGGUGGGGAAAACCUGUGUGUCUACAAAGGCAAACUGCUUGAAAAAGAGACCUUUCAGUUUAUUUCCAAAAGACAUCAUGGUUUCCCCUUCAGUCUCACCUUUUUCCUGAAUGGGAUGCAAGUGAACAGGUUAAGCUCCUGCUGUGAAUAUAAGCAUCGGAAAGGUUCCAGACUUGGAGGCAAAAGAGGCUACUUUGGGUUUGUGUGUGUGGAGAGAUCAUCCCCUUGCUACAAGUGCAUUAUUGCAAUGGGCCUUGACAAAAAACUAACUUCACCGAGACUGAAGAAACAAAUAAGUGUUGAUAAAGGAGAGGAACUGAAGAAGGGUGAGGGGAAACUGGGGAAGGAUAGAGCAUACAUGAAGACAAGAAGAAAUGAGAUGGAGGGGAGCAAAAGCUCUGCUUCAGGCUUUUUUUCAGCUGAAGAAGGAAAAACAGGGGUUGAAGAAGUGCGGACUGCUGUAGAAGAAAUGAAACAUAAAGGAAAACAACAUGUUUGGGAAGAUGACCAGGAAAAUAUAUAUAAAUAUGAGUAUGAAGAAGAUUUUGAAGUAGAGGAGGAGAAACAAGAUGGGAAGGCUAACCAAGAAGGAUGGGCUGAUGAUCAAAUGAAUGGAAUGUCAAAGUCACCCUCAGAUGAUGAAAAAGAUCAUUUAGACCCUGAAAAAGAAAGUGUAACCUUAUCCCAGAAGGCACCAGAUGCUGAUGACAGUGUGAAAGAUGAGGCUGAUGGAUGCUCUGAGAGUGAAUCGGAAGAGGAUAAACAAGAUAUAAAGACUGCUUCAUCAUCCUCAUCCAGAAGUCACCCGUAUUCCAGCUGCAGUGAAGACGAAUCCACACUGAGGGACAGGGAGGCACAUGCCGACGGCAGCCCAAACUUGAGUGUCAGAAGUUCGUCUUCUCAGGAUUUGAGUGAAACCGAUGAGCCAGGAAAAUCACAAUUUCCAAUAGAGGAUUUGCUAAAAAUUGAAGACCAAAAGAUAAUAAAAGCAAAUGUGGAGAUCAAGCCUCUGCUCACAGAGGAAAGCUUAGAGGAUGUUCUCGAAGAAGAAACAAAGAAAGGAACCCAAGUGAUUGCAGACGGCUUACCUGAAAAGUCCAGGGAACAUGUUUCCAGGGAAGAAAAGGGAAAUUAUACAUACAAACUUUGGAAAGGAAGCACUGCUAAGGUGAAGGACAAAAUGGCAGGUCCCUGUAGGGUGGAGAAAGGUGUUGGCCAAAUAUUAGCUGGAGCUGUGGAACCUGACUGCCACAGCCCCUAUGAUGCUGAGUCUGGUGUUAGCAGCACAGACAAGGGGGAGAAGCCCUUGACCGAAUUGGAGACUGACACAGGAGCAGCACCACAUAGGAAUUCAGUAGUGGAAGACAGCACAGUCCGAAACUCAGACAAGGAAUCCAAGCCAAAGAAGGAAGAAGCAGUGGAAGAAGAUGAGAUCCCUCAACACAGGGAUGCUGACACAGUAGAAGAUAAAGGGGGCACAACACUAUGGAGAAAAGCAGGAGCUGAUGAGCUUCCCUUGGAGGAGUGGAAGCCAACAGCAGAGCAGCCAGCUUUAGCAGAACUGUUUAUAGAGGAAAGAGAGAUCCCUCAGGAUAUAGCAGGCAGGGCGGAGGUAGAAGAGGAUAAAGAGCUGAAUAAAGGGGAGUUACACCCAACAGGGCAAAAAGCAGCAAGAGCCUCUGAAGGUCUAAAUGGAGAAGAGGUUCCUGAAAAGCAGGCCUUCAUGCAGACAGUGCUGGAGACAGAGAAGGCAGCUUCUAAAAAGGCAGUGUGUGCCAGCCAGGCUGCAGCCCCAAAGUCUGAGUGUAUUCAGGAGGUAGCAGACCUGAGAGGGGCUGAAAGAGGGGUGGCUGCGAGUGAAGCAGGGUCUGAAAAGCCAAAUAUAGAGGACAAUGAAGAAGAAGCAUCCAUAGACCAAGGGGACAUGGAACCCGAGCAAGACACUGUGUCCGAGAGAGAGGAUGUUUUAGAAGAGGCAAUACUUGGGGGAGAGGAGCCAACCAAAACAAGGGAGGCAGUUAUGAGAACUGAAACACCUUUGAGCUCCUCAACUUCUGACAAAGCUGAGAUAACCCAAAUGAAGGUUUUGGAGGAAAGCCUGGAAGAACUUUGUAAGAAAGAUGAGAAAAGGAAGGAAGUUGAGACUGAGGUAGAAUCUAAUAAGGAAGGUGAUAGGAAAGAAACAUUACCUGAGGUACUAGAUACAGAAAGAAAGAGGUUGAAAGCUGAGAGGCCAAAAACACCUCUGGGGGAAACUGAAUCUGAGAGAGAAGAGGUGACAAGGGCAAAUGCUCUUCAGGAUGAAGACAUUUUAGAAGAAGAGCAAAAGUUUAAAGGGCAAGAGGGGGAAAUUGUGGAGGAAUUAAGAACUGAGAAAGAGACACAAGAUGCCCAAAAUGAAAUGGAGUGUGAUGUUGAGAAUGAAACACCCAUGGAGGCCUCUGAAUUGAUUGAAGACACAAUGUGGCAAGAAGAUUCACUGAGAGAGAGGGAGGUGACCAUGUCUGAAACAGCACCUGGAUUUGAAAAAUCACCGGAAAGCAUAAAAGCUGUGAGGAAAGAGGGAGGAGGGGAAAGACUGAGAGGAUCUGGAGACACACAGUAUAAAGGCAAAGCAGAGCCACUCUGCGGAGAGAAUGUGGCUCUGUCUGAGCAGGAAGAGGGCCCCAGCCCUGAGGGUGAGAGUGUGUUAGGAGCUCCUGAAAGUGACCCUAAAGGACAGGCGCAGGCAGCUGAGGUGACGAUCACAGCCACAGGUGAGGCCCAGGAGUGUGCAGCCAGAGAUCAAGAUGACCCCGUGGGACUGGAAAGGAGGGAAAAAGAAGGGUCUUUACAAGAGGGACAAGAAGUGGGGGCCACAGCAAUGGCCCAAGAAUAUAUUUCUGAGGGAGAUCCCAUGAUGGCAGGAAAGUUGUGUGAAGAAGUGAUGGAUGAUAAGGAGGAGGAGGUGGUGGAUAAAGAGUGCACUUUGCAGACAGCACUGAUGAAGGCUGGGCACACGGAGGGGGAUGGGAGCUUGCAGGGAGGAAUGGUUGUGGCUAACAAAGACCUCCAAGAAGGAGGAGCAGUGAAAACAGCCAAGGAGAAGACAGAAAUGUUGGCAGAUUUGAACACAGCCAAGGGAAAAACAGAAGCAAAUACAGCCUCCUCCUUUUCAGAUGUUACUGGCGAGGAACCUUGGCACAAAGUGGAUGAGUUACUAGGGAAAACAGCAGCUGCAGAGAAGGUGGUGGCUGAGGAAAUAGCACUGAGCAUGGAGAGGGUGCCAGCAGUGGGGGAAGUGACAGUGACUGAAGCAUCAGAGGCUGAGGUGGAGGCUCUAGGAGAAGCUUCAGUCCUGGAAGGGAAGGUCCCACAGCUAGAGCGAGAUCAAAAGGAAGGGGAAGUAGGAGCGGAGGCAAGGAUGGGGAGCCAUGGUGGGGUGCAGGAGUCAGGGGAGGCUGAAGAUUUCAGACUAGGAUUAUCCCAAGAGAGAGAGUCAGAGCAGAGUAGAGAGAGCCUACAGGAUAUGGGAGUAUUCCCUGUAAAAGCUGAUUGCCCUGGAACCCAAGAAAAGCAAGAAGAGCAUAUGGUGCAAAGAGAAAGUGAGAACAUGGAUGUUUCCCUGAUCAAAAAGAAGGCCUAAGAGACUUCACAACAGAUGGAUAUUUUAAAGAUGUCUUCUGGAAGACUUGAAGAAUGGAGAAAGAUUCACCCAAACAUCUUGCUGGGACUUUAAAUUUUAUCUUUAAAAAAGAAUCACUCUGCUUGUCUGAACUGCUUCCUAAUCGGUCAGUGCUGGUUGGAAGGACAGCGGGUCCCUUGAGAACAUGGGGUCCGUGGUUCCUAAUGGAGGACCCUAAGGCUGGUACACAGCCCACAGAGCUAGGGUGUCUGUAUUCAAAUCAAAUGGGCAGUGUUCAGAUGCUUGAGUUUUACCAAAGAUCACUGAAAGGCCCAGUCCUGACUGACACUUGGGGUUUGUUUAAAUUCCUUUCUAUUUGUAAUCAAAUAUUAGUCCCAGUUUUUUACAUGAGAGUUUUGUUUAAAAUCUCUACCUGGGGCUUUAAUGACUUGGUCUGUGAAAAUGCUGUCUAAAGAAAGGUCCUUCCACAUAUACUCAGUGCUAGAGAUUGCUCCAGACCUAUAAAAUGAUUCCAUGGCACAUAUAAUCACUUAUAAAUGGUCAUUCCUUCUAUUUAUGCCUGAAGCGCAAUUUAAAGUGCAAAUCUUAUUUCAAAGCACCCUUUGUUUCUUGUCUGGGUUUCUGUAGUUUUGCUUUCUGAAGUAGACAGGAAUGUUUGUGGAAUUUUGUCCCUGGGGGCCUUAUUUGUGGGGCCACUCAGAUUUGAAUCGUAAUAGUAAAUAAUUUAGCUAAUGAAAUGAAUAACAAUAACUAUAGUAGGUAAAUGUCGCACAUGAGCACAUACACCCACAUUCUAGACUCUAGACUGUUUUGCUGAUGCAGUUCAAUGGAAAAGAAACUUGGAUUAAGUUAGCAUGCUACUCACCUUCCCAAGUUCUGUUAUUUCAAACCUGUGAACUAACUAACCUCAGAGUGCAUUAGAAAUCAAUAGUCACAAUCACUGUCUGGAUUACUCCCUGAUAUUGCUAGAAAUAGUUGUGUAUCAGGGUGCCUAUUGAGGAUUUUGAUUUCUUCAAGACAUCUGAGUUCAUACACCAGCACUCCAAAGGACACACAUGUUUGGCUAUCUUUUCUCCUCAUGAGGAGGUGAAAGAAAAUUUCCUAAGGCAGUAAUUUUUCAGCUGGACUACACAUUAGACUUUUACGAGACAUUUUCAUGAAUGCAUGAAUGAUUCAACCCCUGGUUCCACUUCAAAGACUCAGAUUUAAUUAGUUUUAGAUGGGUGUAGGUGUCAGUUUUUGGUUUUGUUUUUUAACCCAGUUGAUUCUACUAUAUAGUCAAAAUUAAGGAUUGUUGCUCUAAAUCAUCAUAUAAUCCAUGCUGGCUCCUUAUGGUGACUCUCAAAAUGUGAUCAGGGCAUGAACCUCACUGGGAGUACUACUUCCUGCCCUCGUAUCACACCCAUUAAAUUGGAGACUCUGCAGCAGGGUCUAGCAGUUGGGGAUUUUAACGAACCCUCCACGCAACUCUUGUGCAGUCUAAGGUCUGGAAACUGCUCUUUUGGACUGUUGAUUGUACUGAGGAUUAGUCUCCGUCGAAAAAUGGAUUGUGGAAGCAUUGUGAACUUUCUCUCUUUGUCUGUCUUUUUUUUUUUUUUUUCCUGUUGCUCUUUCUGGUUUACUUUCUUUCUCUAGGAAAGGGUACUCACUAUGAAAGUGAUGAAUUCAGCUUUAAACUCAUUUUUAUUAUGACUGUAAUGAUGUAAACUCAUUUUUAUUAUGACUGUAAUGAUGUGUAUGUGAAGCCCUUCGGUCCCACCCCCUAGUGAGGAUAUGGCACUCGUGGCACAUCACAGAUCACCUUUGUUUUCUGAGUGAAUUUCACCUACAUUAUAUUCAAUUUCAUUUAUUACUGAGCUGCAUUGCUGUGAAACUCUGCAGUAUUUGUUCCUUGAUCUCCACCUCGAUGCUACAGAGCACUUUGAAUACAUAGCACUUUAUGGGAAAACUUGUAAACUUGUUAAUUCCCUUGAAGAAGGAGUUUUGUACAAUGUGUUAAGUGGAAAUUGCAUUGGAUUAUUUUUAUAUUUAACACAUUCCAUCGAAACAUUCUGUAACGUGAUUCAACAAUCUGCAUGUGGGUUUAACCGUGAAAUUGUGUUGUGAUAGUUUGACUAAAUGAAUCCUUUCUCGGCAAAUACUAUGUUGAUAAAAUUAUUGGUAUGUUCUACUGAACUUAUUUUUUCCUAGUUUCAUUACCAAAAUCAUAAAUAAACCAUAUGUUUACAGAUAAGACAUGUGAAUGGUUCUCUAUGAGUGCCUAGAUUUUUAAAAAUCUCCUUUGUUCUUUCCUUACAAAAUUUAAACUCCACAGAGCAGAGCAGAGAGAAUUACUUUCAUUGGACUGUAUCUGUUUAUAUUGACUAUCUGCAUUCAUACAUGUCUUUUACAUGCAUG